AUGGAGGUAAAAAGCGUUUACGGGCGGACCGAUGAACAUCGGACCACAAGGGAACAGGGGCUAGGAAUAUUUGUUCUCGGUGGUACCAUUUGUUCACAAACAGCUACAUUACAUGAGACAUGUGUAAAUAACGGUAAAUGCGCCGAACCACAAUGUGUAGAUCCAACAAAACUAACGACAACGGCAGUGCCAACAACAAAAGCAGCAACAACAUCAGCACCAGCAGCAACAACACCAGCACCAGCAGCAACAACACUAGCAGCGGGCCGUAAACGAAGAGCUCCUAAGACAGAUGGAGCUGAUUAUUGUAAAAAAAUACAAAAUAAAAAUGAUCCAUGUGGAACAAAUGGCAAAUGCACCAAUGCUACAUGUCAACAAAUAACAACUCCAGCACCAACAACAACGGUAGUACCGGCCGGAGCAGGAGGGAAAACAUCACCAACAACAACGAUAGUACCGACCGGAGCAGGAGGGAAAACAUCACCAACAACAACACCAACUACUACUUCUCCUAAAAAUAAUACUUCUACUACUCCAGGUCAACACAGUGGAUCCUUAAAGAACAGGUUGUCUCCUAUUGUCCUGGUUAUCGCCAUCGUCACCAAACUGGUCAUCAAAUGA